CUGUGUGAUGCCCGUGGCCGGCCCUGGAUAAAAGUAGGCUAGUCAAAGAUGUUUCCGCUCUUCCUCACUGCAUUGCCUACCCGUCAUCGUCAAUAUCCGAUAAAUAUUAUACCCCCACGGAGAGCAAAGAGCCUUGUCACCGAUACAGUCCUCAAGAUAAUAGGAAACAAUGGGCAUCGCUUUCUCCCGUGCACAUACCGGAACACGCUUCCAGUACUCAACCGAGUCUUCUCUGGGCGCUAGCAAAUGUGGCGAGGGUGACGCCGAGAAACUGACGAACCCACUUGAACGAGUCCAGGGUCGAGAAGCGAGAGGCCAGGAGAGAAAAAGGGCAAGGCCAGAAGCGAUAGGGCGAACGAGCACAAUAUCGUCGCAAUGUCCUUCUCCGCCCUUACCCACCCCUGGGCUUCCAAUCGCUGAACCAACACGCUCGUUUUGGGCAUUCCCCCCUUCGGCUAUUUUAGCUCGUCUCGUGCAGGACCCAGAUGAAAGCCAGUGUGCGGCGGUGCCAGAGUAUGCGGAUGUCGUCGUCAUAGGGUCGGGUAUAUCCGGCGCUUCUUUUGUCAGGGCGUUGCUAAACGCGGAUCGGAAGCGGAUCAAUAAGGGCGGGUAUGAGCACGAACGACUGAGCGUUGUGAUGCUUGAAGCGCACGACGCGUGUUCAGGGGCAACCGGAAGGAACGGAGGUCAUAUCAACCCACCUUUAUACCACGACUAUGAGGACCUCAAGAACACCCUCGGUCUCCGUGCCGCACAACACAUCAUCCGGUUCCGAUUAGCUCACCUCGAGAUCCAGCGACACAUAGGUCAGACCGACGCAGCAGAUGCGGAUUGUCGAGAGGUCGAAGCUGUAGACGUGUACUACGACGAAGAGACGUUCGAGGAGGCGAAGAGGUUGUUGAAGGUGUAUAAGAGGGAUAUGCCAGUUGAGGCGGAGCCGUAUGAGUGCUUGGGGGGUGAAGCGGCUAGGAAGAGAUAUCAGCUUUCAGAGUACGCUUUAGGGUGUAUUACGACGCGUGCGGGAGCGGUUCAUCCGUACCGGUUCGUUGCGGGCGUCCUCGCUCGGUUGCUCGAGGACCAUGCCAACCAGUUCCGUUUGUACACGAAGACGCCUUGCACAUCUAUCACGGGUCCAUCGGAGAACGAAUCCGCCUACACUUUACACACACCGCGCGGGACGCUGAAAACAAAACACAUCGUUCAUCUCACGAAUGCCCACGUGGGUGCGCUCGUCCCUGGUCUUGCACCCGUGGUGACACAGGUACGAGAGACGAUGAGUGCGCAGAGACCCGGACGCAAGUUACGUACUAAGAUGGGUGGUGGGGCACGUUCAUAUGUGUUUUAUGACGACCCGGUGUACAAAGGAUUCGAUUACCUGACGCAGCUUCGGAGUGGCGAACAUGAGUUGAUGUUUGGAGGUGGUCUCGAGGGAGAAAGUGUUGGAUGCACACGGAUGCCCGGUAUGUAUGAUCUGCACAGUGCAGCACACGUGUCUGGAGCGUUGUCCGUCUACUUUGGCGCUGUAAAUUGGGGUGCAGAAGGUGCGACUGCCGUGGAUGGUGGUAUCUGGGCAGCUGGGAGGGUAAAAGCAUUGUGGAGCGGCGAGCUGAGUGAAUCAGCGGACGGAUUUCCAUGGGUGGGUCGAAUCCCGGAGAGUGUGACGGGAAGGGAGAGGCCGUCGAAGACGGACAAGGAAAUGGCGAGUCCUGGGGAAUGGGUUUCUGCGGGAUAUUCAGGUGAAGGAAUGGUGCACGCAUGGUUGUGCGCCAAGGCAGUGGCGUUGAUGGUGCUCGGGAUGGAGGAUGACAAGAACGUGUGCGAUGAUAUGAAUGGGUUUGGAGCUGGACAGAGCGUUGCAGAGUGGCUUCCAGCUCGUUUUCUCAUUUCAGAGACUCGGCUCAGGCAAGUUCAGGUAUGUCGGCGACAAGGAAGGAGGAGCAGGGCCAACGUAUACAAGUCGUAACUACUUGCUUGUAUUUUCAUAAACGUACUUAGAUUGGUAUGCUUACUAAGCAAGCUACGCGGCCCGGACC